AUGUCUCUUCGCAGUUCAGAGCAAUCAAGGGUCUACAAGAAAUGUCAGAAGGCCUGCGUACGAUGUCGUUCCAUGAAGGUUAAGUGCUCCGGCACAAAUCCCUGUGCGCGUUGUGCCCGGACCAAGAAACCAUGCCACUAUGCAGUGGAGGAGGCAAGGGUCUCACCGGCAGCCCCAUCAGAGCAUGAUUCUCAACCAGAUAGAGACGGACAGCGGUCGACAUUUUCGAAAAAUCCUCUAGUAGAAUACUCAUUUGCACAGUCCCCGGACGGACGAUUCUGGUACAUGGGCCCCACCUCCUCCUGGUCCUUCUGCCGCCGCGUGCUCGCUCUGCUAGGCAAGCAUGUCCCCGACGCCAACUGUCCCCCAGACCCAUGGAACGUCGACGCCUCAGCUUUUGCUCUGAAAUGGCGAUCUCUGCCGAUGGAUGACACUCCGGAAGUAUGCCACCUGCCCCCGAUCGACUACGGGCUGUAUCUCUUCCACACCGUCAAGUACUACCUGGGGACACUGUUCUUCAUCAUCGACAGCCCCUCCUUCCUCCGCCACCUGCAUGACUUUUACACCGAUCCCGCCACGAAAGUUGUAUCGAUGCGUCUGUGGUACGCACAGUAUCUUCUGCUCCUCGCUUUUGGAAAAGCCUUCCUGGCACAGAAUCACCCGCCGAAUGCGCCGCCAUCGGGGUAUCAGUACGCCGCGCGCGCGAUGUCCCUGAUGCCGGACUUGUCGGGGAUGUAUCCCGAUCCGCUGCAGUGCAUCCGCACCUUAACGCUCGCGGCGUUGUACUUCCAGUCGAUCGAUAUGCGCGUCGCCGCAUUUCAGCACAUCGGCUUCGCCCUCCGCUUCUGCAUCAUCGAAGGCAUCCACCGCCACGUGCCGGAGGAGCUGGACGGGGCGGAAUUCUCGCACCGCUGCCGGACCAUUUUCUGGAUCGACAUCACCGUGCGGCUGUACAGCGAUGGCUCGGUGGACGAGAAGACGAUCACCUUCCACGUGCGCCUCGCCAGACUAAAUGCGAGGAUUCUAACGACGGUCUACGGCGUGGGCCCCGACUCCACCGGCACACUGAUCAAAGACACGCAGGCCAUCCUCCGGAACCUGGCCGAGCUCUCGCAGGAUCUCACCGGGUUCCUGAACGCCGAGUUCCCCGCGGCGUUGAGCCGGGCGUCGCGGACAGCGACGCGGUUGGUCCUGGGGUAUCACCAUCGGGCCCCAUCCCGCGCCGCCAUCAGCCUCUCCGCCACCGUCUCCUCGCUGCUCCAGUGCUGCGUCGAGUCCGCGUUGACGGUCUUGCAGACUCUCCGCACGCUCGCGGACGAGGAUCUAAUCGAAUCCUUCCUCCCCUUCAAGAUCGAAGACGCCUUCGCCUCCGCCUUCAUCCUCUACGUCAUCCAGGCCAUCGCGCCGGCCCUGAUCCCCGCCGAACCCCCCUGGACCGAGCACAUCGACUGUGUGCUCGAGAAGAUCGUCGCCCGGGGGAACCUGGCGGCGCCGAUGCGGCGCGCGGAGCUGGAGAAUCUGCGCGUGAUGAUGGGGCCGAUCACGCCUGUUGCUGGUGGUGCUGAGGUUUCGCCUGGGGGGAUGGAGCGGCAGGGGGGGCAGCAGGUCCAUGAACCUGGCGUUGCAGAGGCGGGAGGUAGUGGUGGUGACGAUGGUGGGUUGGACGUGCACGAUCCAACCACAGACUGGGAAUGGGAGUAUCUGGCGAUCCACUCGACGAUCGGGCUGGGGAUGGAACCCCGGGAACUGAUGGAUUUGGCGGAUCGGUUGGAGGGGGAGAUUGCGGGUGGUGGUUAG